AUAAAGGAAUUUUGGGUGAUUUUUAUGUGUACAUGGCUGAUCUUUUUUUCCCCCAGGUAUUUGGUUAUGGAAUUAAUGGAUGCUAACUUAUGUCAGGUUAUUCACAUGGAGUUGGACCAUGAAAGGAUGUCCUACCUUCUUUACCAGAUGCUCUGUGGUAUUAAACAUCUGCAUUCAGCUGGUAUCAUUCAUAGAGACUUGAAGCCUAGCAACAUCGUAGUAAAAUCAGACUGCACGCUUAAGAUCCUUGACUUCGGCCUGGCCCGGACAGCAUGCACCAACUUCAUGAUGACGCCGUACGUGGUGACGCGCUAUUACCGGGCACCCGAAGUCAUCCUGGGCAUGGGCUACAAAGAGAACGUUGAUAUCUGGUCAGUGGGUUGCAUCAUGGGAGAGCUGGUGAAAGGUUGUGUGAUUUUCCAAGGCACUGACCAUUUUAUGUGAAGUUAAAUACAGCAUUUUAUUUUGUUCUAAUAAAUUUUCUAGCAGUUUUCCAUAGCCUUUCCUUUGAUUCACUUGUUCCAAACUAUAAAUAAGGAGGUCUUUAUUUUGCAAACAGACUCAGCUUAAAACGGAAAAGUUGAUAUAGUCUAAAGAUAAAUAAUUUAGAAGGAUCUACUUAACAUUUCAUUUGUCUCAAUUCUUAUUCAUUUUGUGCCUUUCCUUUUUUGAAUUAAGAAAUGUUUUCUUCAGAAAGUACAAAAACUGUGGAUACUUUCUGGUGCAUUAUGAAGUUAAUUUAAAGUUCCUACCUUACAUACUAACAUCUUGCAAUAUCGUUAGCUAAUAGUUUUAUAUAUAAGGCCACCUGAGGGGCGCCUGGGUGGCUCAGUUGGUUAAGCGACUGCCUUCGGC